AUGGAAGUGGUCCUAGCCGCGCAUGGUGACGGCUUGUUGGCUACAGAUCUGCGGUCCGGUGCGUUGGUGGCCAGCUAUGAGGAAGGUGGCCAAGUACAACCCAAUGCCUUUGGCUCUGUGGAUGCAGGCGGCCAGCAUAUCUACGCGGUGCAGGCGAGCAAGGCGCUGUGGCAGACCUGGGACUGGGGCUCCAAGAAGGUGACGUACCGGGCAUCUCUACCCGAAAAGAUCACGGCAAUGGCCUUCAGCCAGGAUGCGGCCUGGUGUUUCGCCGGUGCUGCCAGUGGCACAAUCUACGUCUGGCUCGCGAGCACCGGCUCUCUGCUGCGCUAUUGGCCCGCACACUUCCGGGAGGUGACACAACUGCUGGUCUCCUCAGAUGGUGGAUAUCUGGUCACUGCAGCGGCAGAUACCAACGUGCACGUUUACAACCUGGCGGAUGUGUUGUCUGAACCCUCCGGCCAUCCGAAACCUUUCCACUCCUGGGCAGGUCACUCGUUGACGGUGACCUCUCUUUGUUUUCUGGGCGGCUCCAGUGGCUUGCAUCACGUGGUGGCCUCGGGCAGUUUGGACCGUUCGGUGCGACUCUGGGAUGUGGGCACGGGACGUCCCAUCCAAUCGCGAUCCUUGAACGCCCAGGUGCACAGCUUAUGCGCAGGUGCCGCAGCCUCGGAACUGGUAGUGGCGGGAGCCCAUGGUGAGCUGAGGAGCCUGGAGGUCAAGGACUUCUCCAAUGAGGGUGGUGUCUACCUGGGCCACAGCAGCACGGUGCUGAGCUGUGCUAUGUCGCUGGACGGAAGCCGCAUUGCAUCCUGUUCCGAAGUGGAAGGAGUUCGCGUGUGGGAGACGCGCACACGACAAUGUCUGGCGCAAGUGCAUGCGAAUCGUGACCUGAAGGUGUCUGCGGUGAAGAUAGUGAGACAUCUGCCGCAUUUGCCUGGCUUGCCCCCAUUUCAGCCGUUUCAACGGCUGCUGGCAACUGGGGAUGAGAUGCCUUCGGUGCUGCGAUGUUUCUCGGGCCGCCAGCUGGCGUUGAAGCAACGCAUGGCGCCCUACACGCGGGUGGAGGACAUCUUGGAACAUGUGCACUGGGCCUCGGGGGCUCUGGCGACCAAGGCGUCCGCGGCGUCCACCGUGUCCGCGUCCGCGGAUUUGGGGGAGCAAUUGGCCGCCGCCAGGGAAAGUGAAGCGCGAUGGGCCAAGGUUGCCACCGAGCUGUACAAGUUGGUCGCUGAGUGA